GAAAUCCCUUGAGAUUAAAAUCUCUUUUUCGAGGGAGACCUGGCCAAGAUAGCACACCAUUACAAAGUUACAAAAAUUAGUUAUGCCAAAAAAUAGUCAUCACAACACCAGUUCCUUAGAUAGGCUCAGAUUGGUACACUUCAGAGCAUAGUUUCCAAUCAGUAUUGUUUUUUCUAUCGUUAUUGUCUGAUAAUUAAUGAGACACACUACACAAACAGGAAAAUUGCAGGCACCGAGACAUAUGCGAAUAGCAGCCAACACCAGUGCACACAGACUGAAAGACCACCACACUUCCGCCCUGGAGGCCCCCCUCACUUUGGUGAGAUAGCGAACAAACACUGUCUUUCAGGUUUCUGUGCUGAAACCAGGUAAAAUGGUUUUCAAAAGACACAUCUAUGCUUUCAUUUCAAUUGUUAUUGUGGGCUUUGUUCAAGGAACUAAUUCCACUACUACUUCCCCUGGCACUCAUACUACCACAAAACCUCUCUUUACUGACCACAGGAAUGAAAAAUAUACCAUUGGCAAGAGUGUUAAUCUCACAUGUACAAAUAAGACAUGGACCGAGAUGUUCUACACCACUUGGAGGAUCCCUAGAAAUGGAAACCACUGCACAAUAGCAGCUAGCACAGACAAACCUCCUCAUGACACGUGUUUGGAUGGAAAAGUCAUGCGCAACACAUCUAAUGGGGAAUCCUACUUGCACAUUCCUAUUUUUAAAGUCACAGAUAUAGGAAUUUAUAGGUGUGAAACUGCAUUUCAAGGUGCAAGUCUCAUAGCAGAAAUCACUGUAUCUGCCAUAGUUUCCCCACAGAUAUUCACCAGACUGGUUAUCAUCAGGGAUGGUAAAAGAGAGGCUGUCUGUUCAGCUAUUGGUGGUAAACCAGCUGCCUCCAUCUCCUGGAGAAACGCGUGUAACUCCAGUGUGACUCAGACUUCCAAAAAUAACACAGACGGCUCCUUCACUGUGGAGAGCAGACUGAUCGUCCCUGACCAUGUUCCUUCUGACAACCUGAGCUGUAUCAUCACCCACCCCAGCUGGACAGAGCUUCACAUUUUAAGGGUCUCUCCAGCCUCAGGCACAGCAGGAGGUCUUGUGUAUGGAUAGAUGCUGUUCCGCAGUCCUGAAUAAUACUAAAUUACUACUUUGUUCUAAUGAAAGGGGAAUGCACUGGGUUUCCUGUGGUCAAUUUGUCGGUAUUUCAUUUUUUAUACCUUUAUUGUGAACACAAUUUACAGUGCAUGAUAAGUUUCCACAUUAUAAACAUGAUAAAUAAUUUCAGUCUCCCAGCCAUUGACAUGUUAAUACAUUUCUUUCCAGAGGCGCCACAUUUCUCUUUGAAGAAAGUUGGAAUCUCCAUGAGCUGUGUAAUCGUUGCUCUGGGGGUUCUGGCUGUAUUUUGUAUCAUAAGGAAGUUUCCCAAAAAGGUAUAAUGUAUUCCCUUGGAUCCUAUUCACUGUGAAUGCAUAGAUUCAUAGAUAAAAAUGACAACUUAACUGGCAUUUGACAGAUGCUCUUAUCCAGCGGUAGCGUAUGAUGCAAACAAAAAUACAAAGAUCAGGGGUAAAAGAGCA